AUGACCGAUGAAGUCAAGACCACCGAGGCCCAGGUCCAGGGGAAGAAGAAGAAGUCCCAGGCCUAUUUCAUAGAAGCUGCAGCUGAAGCCACCAAGGCAGCUACUGAGCCCAACCAAGAGUUCCCAGCAACCACAACCGUCCCCCCUUACCCCCACCACCACUACCCUGAAAGUCUUGAGGUGGGUCUUUUGUCCAGUGAUAAAGGCGAGGAAAUGAAGGAAGCUGAGGUCGAGGUUGGUUUGGGUUCGGCCGAUAUGAAUCUCCCCUUUCGGGUAAAACAUCCGUUUGAGUAG